AUGGCGCGGGAUCGACAGCACCGCCAUGUGUGUGUGCUUGUGCUGGGCGACAUCGGGCGCAGUCCGCGCAUGCAGUAUCAUGUCCAGUCACUGGCAGAGGUACUCACGUCUGACAUGAGGGUAGAGAGCAAGCCGCUGGCCGCCAUUGUCGAGAACCCCAAGAUCAAGAUCUAUGGCCUGGCCGAAGCUCCCAUCUUGCCUUCAAGUUGGCCGCGAUUGGCCUUCUUGCUCUAUGCGCCCUUCAAGGCACUUUUUUUGGCGAUGCAGUUGCUGUUUACGCUCUUGUUCACCGUCCCAGCCAUGGAAGCUAUCCUCAUGCAGAAUCCCCCAGCCAUUCCCGUGCUGCCUAUUGCAGCCGUGGUUAGCCGCUGCCGUGGUGCGCGCCUCGUGGUGGACUGGCACAACUAUGGUUACACGAUUUUGGCUCUCAAAACGGGAACACGCCAUCCUCUUUACAACUUUGCCAAAUUCGUGGAAACAACAUUUGGUCCCUGGGGCCAUCGGCACCUCUGCGUAACUCAUGCCAUGCAACGAGAUCUCAAGGACAACUGGAACAUUGAACCGCUGUUCAGCCAUCUCACACACCGUGUGCUGUGCGCUGCGGUGCAGGAGCGCCCCGAUCUCAGUCAGCGCUUCGGAAUAUCUCACAGCGAUGAUGCUCAAAGUGCUUUAACCACGCGCGAGGGCUCAAACUACAAGCGGCGUGCCGGACGCCCGGCACUCAUUGUCUCCAGCACCAGCUGGACGCCGGACGAGGACUUUGGCAUCUUGUUCGAAGCCCUGCAAGGUUAUGAACAGGCUGCGCAGCGUGACUCUUCCCUGCCACACGUACUGUGCAUCAUCACGGGCAAAGGGCCGGAGCGGGCUCGCUACGAGCAAUUGGUGCAAGAGCAGGCCUGGCAAAAAGUGGCAGUGAUGACCGUAUGGCUGGCACUUGAAGACUAUCCCAAGCUCCUGGCGUCGGCAGAUUUGGGCAUCAGUCUUCACACCUCUUCGUCAGGCUUGGAUCUGCCAAUGAAGGUGGUGGACAUGUUCGGGUCUGGCAUCCCUGUCUGCGCCGUCGACUUUCAAUGUCUGUCGGAGCUGGUGGUGCACGAUGAAAAUGGCGCAGUCUUCAAGAAUGCGCAGGAGCUCAGUCAGCAACUUCAAGAGCUGCUUCGCGCACCUGAUGCCAACACAAAGUUGGGGCAACUCAAGACCCAUGUGCAAGCGUUUCGGCGCCAGGGCUGGUCGGCCAACUGGAACCAGGUGGCUCGCCCCCUGUUCGAAUUGGAGUCUUGA